GGGCGGGUGGGCUAGCGACGGUGGACGCGUCGGAGCCGCGGGCGGUCAGGACUUGACCCUCCAGAGCAUGAAUGCUAAGCUGUUUAGUUCCGAGCUGUGCUAGCAAGACCCUUCAAAGAAAGAGCAAUGGCUGCUGCAGCAGCUUCUCAUCUGAACCUGGAUGCCCUCCGGGAAGUGCUGGAGUGCCCCAUCUGCAUGGAGUCCUUCACCGAGGAGCAGCUGCGGCCCAAGCUUCUGCACUGUGGCCACACCAUUUGCCGCCAGUGCUUGGAGAAGCUACUGGCUAGUAGCAUCAAUGGGGUCCGCUGUCCCUUUUGCAGCAAGAUCACCCGCAUUACCAGCCUGACGCAGCUGACAGACAACCUGACAGUGCUGAAGAUCAUCGACACGGCUGGGCUCAGCGAGGCCGUGGGGCUGCUCAUGUGCCGGGCCUGUGGGCGGCGACUGCCCCGGCAGUUCUGCCGCAGCUGUGGCAUGGUGUUAUGUGAGCCCUGCCGGGAGCUGGACCACCAGCCUCCUGGGCACUGUACACUCCCUGUCAAAGAGGCAGCUGAGGAGCGGCGCCGGGACUUUGGAGAGAAGUUGGCCCGCCUGCGUGAGCUUAUGGAGGAGCUGCAGCGGAGGAAGGUAGCCUUGGAAGGUAUCUCCAAGGACCUUCAGGCCCGGUACAAAGCAGUGCUGCAGGAAUAUGGCCAUGAGGAGCGCAGGAUCCAGGAGGAGCUGGCCCGCUCUCGAAAGUUCUUCACAGGCUCCUUGGCUGAGGCUGAGAAGUGCAAUAGUCAAGUGGUAGAGGAGCAGAGUUACCUGCUUAAUAUUGCAGAGGUGCAGGCUGUGUCUCGCUGUGACUACUUCCUGGCCAAAAUCAAGCAGGCAGAUGUGGCACUCCUGGAGGAGACAGCCGAUGAGGAGGAGCCAGAGCUCACCGCCAGCCUGCCCAGAGAGCUCAUCCUACAGGAUGUGGAGCUCCUUAAGGUUGGCCAUGUUGGCCCCCUCCAAAUCGGGCAGGCUGUUAAAAAGCCACGAACAGUCAACAUGGAAGAUUCCUGGGCCAUGGAGGCUGCAGCUUCUGCUGCCUCUUCCUCUGUUACCUUUAGAGAGAUGGACAUGAGCCCUGAGGAAGUAGUUGCCAGUCCUAGGGCCUCACCUGCUAAACAGCGGGGUUCAGAGACAGCCACCAAUAUCCAGCAGUGCCUCUUUCUCAAGAAGAUGGGGGCCAAAGGCAGCACUCCAGGCAUGUUCAAUCUUCCAGUCAGUCUCUAUGUGACCAGUCAAGGGGAAGUGCUGGUUGCAGACCGUGGCAACUUCCGUAUACAAGUCUUUACUCGCAAAGGCUUUCUGAAGGAGAUCCGCCGCAGCCCCAGUGGCAUUGACAGCUUUGUGCUGAGCUUCCUUGGGGCUGAUUUGCCUAAUCUCACGCCUCUCUCAGUGGCCAUGAACUGCCACGGACUGAUAGGUGUGACUGACAGCUAUGACAACUCCCUCAAGGUAUAUACCUUGGAUGGUCACUGCGUGGCCUGUCACAGGAGCCAGCUCAGCAAACCCUGGGGCAUCACGGCCCUUCCAUCCGGCCAGUUCGUGGUAACUGAUGUGGAAGGUGGAAAGCUCUGGUGCUUCACUGUUGACCGAGGAGCAGGUGUGGUCAAAUCCAGCUGCCUCUGCAGUGCUGUGCGGCCCAAGUUUGUCACCUGUGAUGCCGAGGGCACCGUCUACUUCACCCAGGGCCUGGGCCUCAAUCUGGAAAACCGGCAGAAUGAGCACCACCUGGAGGGGGGCUUUUCUAUUGGCUCUGUGGGCCCUGACGGGCAGCUGGGUCGCCAGAUCAGCCACUUCUUUUCCGAGAACGAGGAUUUCCGCUGCAUAGCGGGCAUGUGUGUGGAUGCCCGUGGUGACCUCAUCGUGGCUGAUAGCAGUCGCAAGGAAAUUCUCCACUUUCCUAAGGGUGGGGGUUACAGUAUCCUCAUUCGAGAGGGGCUCACCUGCCCUGUGGGCAUCGCCCUCACCCCUAAGGGGCAGUUGCUGGUCUUGGAUUGUUGGGAUCAUUGCAUCAAGAUUUACAGCUACCAUCUGCGAAGAUACUCGACCCCAUAAGGAACGAGAAGUGCCAACUCACCAGCCUGCUUUCCUUCCCAUACCCCUUAGGUGUUGAUGGUACGGUAGAGUAGACUCAGUCUGUGUCCUGUUUCUAUUGGCUACUUCUAGAGUCGUGGAAGACUUAUCUUUUAGUGCUUUUUUUUUGCAUUUUUGUCCUCGAGUUUAGAGCUUUAAUAGAUGUGAUGCCUCAAAUAGUACACGUGGUGGAAUUAGCUGGUUUUUUAUUAGAACUUAGGCACUUCCAAGGCUUCAGUAGUUUUUUUAUGUGGUAUAUGAGGUUGCCCUUGUAUUGAAUCCUUGUUUAUUUUCCUCAUUUGGCUUUGACAACCCUGUUCGUUAUUUUUUCCCUCUAUACUUCCUACUAUGCUUCAUCUGUGACACUUUCGCUUGAGCUCUGCUGUGCUCACUGUGCAGGCCCCAGCAUGCAUCUUCUCCACCUUUCACUGAGUUUCAGGCAUCGUAUCCCUGUGGCAUGAUGUCUCAGAUCUGACCCCAGCCCACUUAACAGCUCAUUCACUUAAUGCCAGUAGGUGACAGUCUCAUCCAGAAGCUGAACCUUUCAGCUCUGAGGGUUUUGUGCUUUUUUAGAUUGCUCUCUAAAUGCAGAUAUGCCAGAGAAGGGAGAGGCCCUAGUUGGUUGGCGUUGAAGCCUUUAGUCUAGAAAUUGCUUGUCUUUUAGAGGAGCGUGUGGAUUGGAACUACACCAAGGAGGAAGAUGGGAAUAAACAAACACAUGCUAAGAAGCAGUGCACACUCUUGGAUAGUCUCCAGGGCUCAUCAUUUUUCAUACUCUUCCCCCACUGACCUGUGUGCUAAGAGCUGUCUAAGAAAUUGUGCAACACAGGCCAGUGCAGACACCUGGGGAGGUGGACACAUCUAAUUUUCAUGACUAAAACAAAACUGUUGGAUCCUGAUUCUGUAUUUUCCUCAAGUGAGUACAUAAUUCUUGGUUCAAGAAUUUACUUCCAUUCUCUGUCAAACAUUAAAUAAUUGAUAAAUUUCUUCA